CCGGGCUUUCCUGGCAAGGCAGGCCCGGGCGGAGCGUUGGGCCUGUGGUCGCCAUGGCGACGGGAGCGCGUGGUGGAGGCCGCCGAGCAGCAUGUACGACCGCGCUCCCCGCGUCUUGACCUUGACCGCCGGCGGCACCGCGUCCCACCUGGGGCCGGGCUGCUACGAGUUACCUCCCGACACCAAACGGCUCCAAGUUGGCUAUGCUCCUUUUCUUUCUUUCGCAAGUCGUGGCCAUGGAAGUAUUUAUCAGAAUGCUGAGAGCGAUGUUCCAGGACCGGGAUCCUAUGAGAUCGAGAAAAUGCAGAAAACCGUUAAAGGGGGCAAGAGUCCUCAGUAUAAAGAGAAACGUUUCCGAGAGAUCCGUGCCGAUACUCCUGGUCCUGGAACAUAUUGCCAGCCUCCUUCAAUGGGCGUAGACAUCAGUAGGAUAAAGAAACAAUCAAAAAUCUCUGCAGCACAGAAACUUGCAGAAUGCAUCAAAGUCUUCCGAAAAUCAGAGGCUCCCUCUAUUCCUUCCCAAGGACAAUCAUUUGGUUAUGAAGAGGCUGCUGAUGGCACUCUUUUAAAGCAUCAUCCUCCUUCAAGAGACACUACUUUAGGUCCAGCAUACUAUCAGACAAAAGGUGAUUGUAUUUACCCUACCAUGAAACAUAAGGAGUGCAUUGGCAAUUUGACAGAAAAGCGACAUGCAUUUAAGCCACGUGAGGGCCCCGGACCUGCAGAUUAUGACGUGAUUCCGGAAAACGCAGUGCAUUAUGAAAAUGUCAACAUCAGAAAGGAAGACCAGAGAAAAUAUGACCUCUAUGUUCCACGGUAUCAUGAAGUAAUAGUAUUACAGGAAGAAAAGAAGGGUGUUCCAGGUCCUGGCCAGUAUUACAUAAGAAGUCAGUUUGAGAAGCCAGUUAGUGCAACACGAAGUGCUCCUUUCCUUUCUCUUGCCCAAAGAUUUGCACCUGUGAAAUCAACUGCCCCAGCUCCUGGCACAUAUAAUGAAACUCGUUGCGCUCUUGAGUCCUUGAAGAAAGCGACUCAAACAAAAAACAUUCCAUUUGGCAAUACAGCUGUUCGAUUCACCCAAGACCACAGGCUGCGAAAAAGUCCAGGUCCUGCAUUCUAUAAUAUUCUCAACCACAGCAUUGCAACAGAAAGUCUUAAAAAGGCUGACAUGGAAAAAAAGAAAAAAGGAGCAUUUGGUUCUUCAGUUCCUAGACUCUUAUAUUUAGUCAAGAGAGAAGCUUUUACUACUCCUGGACCAGCUGAUUAUCAGGUUAAAGAGACCACUGAAGAACCACAAAAGAAGAAGAAGGAAUUGGCCAUUUUUGCUUCAGUUACAGAAAGAAUUCCAAGAGUAAGCUCGGAAGCUCCACCACCAGGCUCCUAUGAUGUACAAAAAUCAUUUGAGAAAUCACAGUGUAAAAGUGAAUACAUGGCUCCCCGAACUGCCACGGCUAAAAGGAAGCAUACUUCUUUUCUCAGUGGCUCAAUUAGGCACGGUAUAUGUGAGGCCAAGAAGGAUAUGCCAGGACCAGGGGCAUACAGCCCAGAAACAUCCAGCUUAAGGGUGAAAUCACCUUCCUAUGUUGCGGUAUAUGUUUCCCAGGUGGAACGUUUUAAAGAAGCAAAAGAUGACACUCCUGGACCCGGGACGUACGAGCUGAGUCCACUUCUGAAAGAUACAGUCCUGAAGAGAACAUUCAAUGCAACAUUGAAUAAUCCAGUUGUGAUUGAAGUGGGCAAUUCCAUUUACAGACCUAUGACAGAGAAAGAUAUUUUCUGUGUGUCGAAUGAACUAGUCUCAAAAAAACAAAAUGAAACCACAGUAGCUGGGUCCCUUUGAAGGUUGUCCUGUGAAGAAAUGUCAACAGUUUGAUGACGUCCUCAUAUCAUUUGUUUGUUUUGUCUUCCGGGAUAUAAAAACUGCUCUUGCAAU